AUGGAGUAUACCAAAGAUCAACUGAACUACUUUCGAAUAUGUUACAUCAUCAAUUGUAUUGCGGAAGGAUUAAGACAAUUCUUCAAACGAGAAUGGGAUUCCCAUUUCAAAGUGAGCCUGGGUAAAUGGGAAGACACCGCACAGAAUCGUCAGGACUUCUACAACAACCAAUCCAAGAAGCCGAGUUAUAGGAGAAAUCGUGUUCAUCUGAGAAUAAUAAAGAAAGGGAAAACAGAAGAAUGGGACUGUAGUUGCUUAUUUUUCGCUAUUUUGUUCUCGUAUAGCAUUGGUUCAACAAUUAGCAAAACCACCAGAAAAGAUAUCGAGGAUCUUCGUCAAGUCAGAAAUGAUAUUGCCCAUAUCAGUGAAGCAACUCUUACCGACACGCAGUUUCAGAAUCACGUGGGAAUAGUUUUAAACGCUUUUAAGUCCUUAAGUCUUCCAAUCUCUGACAUCUUCCCAUAG